UGGAAACGUUCCCUUAGCACGACGCGUCACCCGGCGUGUGCAACAUCUGCGACUCCUGCGUUUUUUUGUGCCUUUUCGUCGCUCGUUACAUUUGCUUCAAAGCUUGUUAGCAUCGCCUAGCGGAGCUGCGUUCGCGCCGCCUUCCAAAGUUACCUUCAAUCAGCGACAUCAGGCCCACCACGGAUACCGGCUCCAGUAGUCUGAAAGCGCCCAUGUCGCCAGUGUUGCCAUAGUUUCCCUUGUAUUCGACUCCAGCACUUCUUCACCCGUUUACGCCAUGCCGAUUCAGCAUACCUUCAUGGGCCGGCCCAUUGCGCUGCAGAUGCCCCCAAGGAGAUUCCAGGUCAUCGUUAUCAUUCUGCUCUUCGUCAUAGUAAACUUUGCCUUUUACGGAACUCCAACACGCGACAGUAUCCCGACCUAUGACGAAGUUGCCGAUGCCGUAAAGCACCCGCAAGCUCACCUGCCUGACCUGGGCGAGCUGCCAGCUGUACCCAAACCCUUCGGUCCCUCAGCACACAAGCCACCGGUUCAGGCAAACAGUACCACGGCCAGUGCUUACGGCGCUAUAGAAUGGCUCAGUGAUUUCAAAUGGCGCAAUCCAUUCUCCUCCCGCGUAACUCUCGAUGAGAACACCGCCCUCCUACCUCCACUACGCGAACGACCGCCGGUUUAUACCUACUAUGACGUACCGAAGAAGCAGGACAAAGAAGUAUCUGCGGCAGAACAGCGGCUGAUACUGGCAUGGCGGCGGGCGUGGUGGGCACAGGGCUUCAAGCCUGUUGUCUUGUCUCGUGCUGAGGCUAUGCACCACCCACAAUAUCAGCUGUUCCAGCGCAUGAAGCUGGAUCCAAAGAUCGAGUUCGAGGUCAUGCGCUGGCUGGCCUGGGGGCACAUGGGUGGCGGUGUUCUUGUCAAUUGGCUCGCAUUGCCCAUGGCCGAGUACGAGAACCCGAUGCUGAGCUUUUUGCGACGGAACGAAUACGCCAAGCUGUCGAGAGUCCAGUCCUUGGAUAACGCCAUCUUCUUUGGAGAUCGAAUGAUGGUUGAUGAUGCGAUCAAGAAGGUCAUGGGCAACGAGCUGCUGAAAAAUGUCACCGCGAGCAAGGAUAAGCUGUUGAAGCUCGCCAAAAAAGAAGGUGGUCCGAUCGUCAACCUCCUGGACACGAAGGACAUGAACUCAGACAGCAAGGCCGACGGCAUCGCAUCCUACAACAUGGCUACGAUCUCCAGCAAGUACAAGACGGUUGCUGAUAAGUUUACCAACACAACGCAAGCCGAGGCCCUCGACUUACUCGCGAACCUCGUCAACUCGCAUCUCCACCUGACCUGGCAAGAGCAGCAUCCAGAAGGUGUGGUAAUAGUCAAGCCUGCGCCGGAGCACACGACUGCCCUUUUACGUGAAACAACGGACAUUGCGCGUAACCUGACGCAAUGUCCGACUACCCCAAUGCCCAAGUCGUGCCCACCGAAUCGACCAAAGUGCAAACCGUGCGAUGCCAACAAGGGAAUGAGGCUUCAGCUGUUCCCAGAAUUUGUAAACACAACUAAGUUCUUCACGAUCGGAACCGUUCCCCAUCCAUAUACGCUUACCUCGUUACACUACACGCGGGACAUGAUAGACAAAAACUUCCUGCGCAAUAGUGCAGCACGGGACCUGUGGAUUAAGAAGCUGACGGACAAAUCUAUCCCGGACGACCACACUGAGGAGUACCGCGUACUCAAGUUCAAGGAGCUUGUAGCAGCAGCCCCCGCCCACACUCUAUGGCUCACAGCCGAGCGCAUCACCCAAGACGAUUUAGACUGGAUCUUCGGCUUCGGUCUACCCCAGAACGCCUCUGCGAAUGCCGAGCCCAGUUCACCAAGCAAGGAGUCUGAACUCAUCGUCUUCCCGCGCCCAGACCCCCCCAAGCCCAUCGAGGGUAUCGACAUACCGGACGAAAAGUGGAUCGAGAAGGAAGAAGAGCGGUUGAAAAAGGCACGCGAGGCCAUUAAGAGCAAGGACAGGAACAUGAAGCUAGUAGUCGAAGCUGUUGAGCAGUGGAAUUUGGCGGACACGGAAGCCUGGAGGUUUUCGCGCGCCUACUCAGCGAGAAGACGCCAAGAGCGGAAGAAGUGGGAAGAGGAAGAGGCAAAGUUCUCGGGUAGUGAGAAGAAGGCUGGAGUUAGACCUGGAGAGGGCGGUGGAAGAUGGACCGAUCGGAGUUGAUAUAUUUAGCGACUUGGGCUGUUUUAGAGAAGUAUCUAUUUCCCUUUGCAUAUUUUAUUAAUAUGCAAAACACCAAACCAUAAGUAUAACACAAAAGCUAGCCCCAAAAGAGCAAGGUCCGUUGCUAGUACAUAGAAAAGCGUAUUUCCAAAGGUUUUCUAGACACAAGCCUACUCUCAGAAGUGCAGCGUCGGGCGGGCCGAAGUUCGGGUCCUCGGCGUUGUUGCCUCCGGCGUUCAAGUUAGAUUUAGUAGGCUCUAAACUAACUGUGUGCUAAUUGGCCGGUACAUUAGUGAUCCGGUAAGCCGUCCGCCAAUUCUAGUCAAGCUCGGAGGACCUCCACCUAGGUAGCCCGCUAUGCACUGGUUGGCUGGUAUGUUGAUGUUCCG